CAGUGAACAGCCGGGUCAACUUGGAGAAAUCUAGGAUUCUAGCCCGGUCUGUUAGCCUAGACGCCAGAGAUCUAUAAAUCUAUCUACCAGCAGCUACAAUGUUCAAGUUCAUACCCAGAUCCAUCCAAACGCGUCGGUGUCGCGUGCCACCACUGCCCACCAACGGCUUCCGCAGUCAAGGAAGCAAGCAUUACUCAACGAACCGCCCAUUCCGACAACCAAGUUCAAGUUCAAGAAAAUACACUGCGAUAACCACAAGCCUAAUCAGCUCAACCGGCCUCUGGUGGCUCAUAACAUCAUCAGCAACAACAACCCCUCAGGACUCCGUGCCAAGUCUCGACCCCGGAACCAAGCCGCUUCCAGGGGCCGCCGGUCUGUCACCAGAACAAGUCUCCGCGAUCCUCUCAAAAGACGCAUACUCGUAUAUCGUCCGCACCAUCCCCGGCGUGGAUCGCUACGACGGCGCACAGGUUGCGUCCAAUUCGCCGUGUGAAGACCAGUUCGUGCAUGGGCAGUUUCCCUCGCCAAUCACGUUUCCAUCGAGCCAUGAUUCCAGCCACUGGAAUGGCAAUGAAAGCCACUGGAUGACAUGGGGCGUCUUCGACGGCCAUCUCGGUCCACAAACAGCUGACGUGCUCGCUCGCUCGCUCCUAGACUCCGUAUCACGCAGACUUCGCGGGUUACAGUCACUGAACGAAGGCUCCGCAAUCAGCAACGAGGCGAUUCAGCGCGCGAUCUCCCGCGGCUUUGUCGAUCUCGACGAGAAGAUUUUCACCACGGCGCUGUCCGCAGCAGAACCAUCGAAUACGGAACCCCUCGCGACGAAGAUCCGGAAGAUGCAGCCUGCUUUCGCGGGCUCCUGUGCUCUUCUUACUCUUUUCGACCCGGUGAGAAGUACGCUUCAUGUCGCAUGCACGGGCGACUCGCGUGCUGUGCUUGCUCAACAAUCACCUGAUGGAACAUGGACCGCGACGCCGCUCUCAAUCGACCAAACAGGUUCGAACGAGGCCGAAAUCUCUCGAGUAAACGCCCAACACCCGGGCGAAUCCUCCAUCGUGCAAGGCGGCCGCGUGCUGGGACUGAUGGUCUCGCGGGCGUUCGGCGACGGGCAGUGGAAGUGGCCCGUGAGCGUGCAACAGGAGCUCCAGACUCGAUUCGGAGGGCCGGGGCUGUUGAAUCCGAAAUAUAACGUGCAGACGCCGCCGUAUAUCACCGCGGAGCCCGUGGUUACGAGUACGAAGCUCGAGCCUGGGCGAGCGAGCGUUUUGAUACUUGCCACGGAUGGGCUGUGGGAUAUGGUUUCGAGUCAGCAGGCUGCGGAGCUUGUGGGGGGUUGGUUGGAUGCGCAGUUCACUGGGCGGAAGGGGGAGGGAGUGGAUAGGGGAAAGAGGGUGGAAGGGCCGUUUGAUUUUGGGCAGUUUGCUAAGGGGGUUACUUGGCGCUUUGCGGAGGAGAGGACGAAGGUCCAGGAUGAGAAUGCCGCUGUGCAUCUUAUGCGGAAUGCGUUUGGGGGGAGUCACCAUGAGCUGAUCGCCGGACGGCUGGCAUUUGAGGCGCCGCAUUCGAGGAGGGUGAGGGAUGAUAUGACGGUGCAAGUUGUGUUUUUCAAUACAGAGAAUCUGGUGAGGAUUACGGAUACUACAAGAGAUGGAAAUAGGGAUACCAAAUAGAGAUGGUG